UUUCUUGCUUUAUGAUUUUUGUCAUAAAGAUACUAUUUCACUAAUAUAUAAUUAAUACAUUAAUCACUUUCUUCAUUCUAAUAUAAACAUGGCUCCAUAUCAUCAUGGUUCAACACCCAACGACUUUUUAUUGAGUCUAAACUCUGUCCGUGAAAGAUGCUACAAAGUUCAAGAAGCAGCCACACGCAAUCGUUUAAAACACUUUGAUAUUGAUCCCUCAAAACUGGAUGAAAUGGUACAAUUUGUGAUUUCAAUCAUCAAAAGAGACUAUGAUACACCCUCAGAUAUCCCAGUGUAUGGUCGAUGGCGCCACUUUGAUAUUGGUGGAAGACCUCGUCUCGGUAAUCUGAUCCAAACCUGGACAAGUCUUGGUCAAAAUGCUCUUGAGCAAACACGAAAACUGAUUGAUAUUCUGGUCAUCGCUUGUCUGAUGGACAUGAAGCCUUGUCAGACCUGGACUUAUGCUGAAAACUCUACAGGUAGAGUGUUCAAGCGAAAGGAUGGUAUUGCCAUUGCUAUCUUGGAUCUCUUCAUGAAGGGGUUUUUCUCAAGUGAUCCUACUCAACCCCAUCGAGUUGACUCUGAAGCGUUGUUGAACAUGUCACUUGAAUCCCUUACCAAUGGCUUACAAUUCACUGAAACCAAUUCGUUUGUUGGUAUUCGAGAACGUCAUGAAGUAUUAAAUCAUCUUGGUCAAGUGCUGCAAAACCGUAAAGACUACUUUGGUAAAGAUAUUCAAAGGCCAGGCAAUUUAAUGGAUUAUUUACUGAGUCAUCCUACAACCAUCAAGACAAAAAAGGGUCCCUUAAUUAGCAUUGAAACGCUUUGGCCAGUAGUUCAAGAAAUGGGUGAAAUUUGGGCAUCUGAAGAAAACAUUGGUGGCACACCUGGUCUAGGCGAUGUUUGGCCCUGUACUGCUAUUUCCAACGACGAAAACACCAACUUGGUUUCCUUCCACAAACUAUCUCAAUGGAUUGUCUUCUCUAUUAUUGAACCCAUGGAAAAACUCUUGGGUGCCACGAUUGAAGGUACAGAUCUACUCACACCUUUGCCUGAUUAUUGUAACGGUGGUUUCUUGAUUGAUUUUGGCUUCUUGACUUUAAAACCGAGUGAUUAUGAACGAGGUAUCAAGAAUUACCAUGCCAACUCUUUAUUACCUUACCAGCCUAAAGUUGAAGUCGCUCCGAUGUUUGAUAUGUCGGAUCCAGUGGUCACAGAAUGGCGUGCAUUGACUGUAGCCUAUCUAGACCUGAUUGCUGAGCGAGUUCGACAGUCGUUUAGACUGAGUAAAAAGCUUCUUUCUCUCAGUCAAUUGAUUCAAGGUGGAACAUGGAGUGCUGGAAGAGAAUUAGCAGAAAUUUCUAGACCAAAUACGCAUGAACCACCUAUUGUGAUUAAGCUUGACAAAAGAGUCAUUUAUUAAGUUUUCUUUUUCUCUUUUAAAUUUCUCAGUAUAAAUAAACAUAUGAUUAUUUGUUCAAGUAUAAUGAGGAUG